AGUUGUGGCGCUAUAGUUCUGCCACCGUAAAAGCCUGAGAACGAGGAGUGUAGCCUACCGCAGAACAUAGGAGACCUUUUACUUUACCACAUCGCGACUCGUGAGCUGACCGUUUUAAACAUAGCAUGUUCGUUUGAGGGAGAAAGCGGAUUCCACACUGAUGUUACGGCCCUACAGUACCUGAGGCAGUGGAAAUCUGGGGAGACGAGCAUCCACAGGAGAUUCAGUGAGAGGGAAGAGGUGACAUUCUAAACGUGAAGAGAAAGGAAUAGAACCGGACUUGGCACUGAGCCUUGGGGGACACCCAUCUUUUUUGGGGACUGGACUGGUUGCAACGCCCUCACCAUUCCACCCUAAGCGGCGUUCUUGUUCUCCAACACGUCCUCCUCUGCCUGCAGGGCGUCCAGAGAACCAGGGCCUCCGGACCCACUCAGAGCAAAGCAGCAGCACAGUAGGGAUGAGCGAGUUCUGGCACAAGAUUGGCUGCUGCGUGGUGGCCAAACCUCCACCGAGGAAGAAGCGCAGGAAAAUCGACCGCAGCAUGAUCGGCGAGCCCACAAACUUUGUCCACUUGACACACAUUGGCUCUGGGGAGAUGGCAGAGGGCCGGGCCCCGUCAGGGCCGGUCCAGGAUAAGAUGAGGUCAAAAGGACCCAGUGCCAACGGCUGCAAGAGCAUGUUAUAGCUGCUGCCUACCAAGUAAGUACCCAGUUAAUGAAGCUAUCACCAUAUCUGCAAUGCAAUAGCUUC